AUGCCGGUCCCGGUGUCGCUCCUCGUCUCGUCGGGCCUCUGCGUCGGCGUGUCGGCGUGCGUGUCCACGGGCCUCGCCUUCCACGCCUCGUUCGUCCUCUCCCUCGUCUACCUCGUGCGCGUCCUGUCGCCGGAGCUCGUCGACGGCUUCUUCGGCCAGGUGGACGCCUUCGUGCAGCAAGACCUGCGCCAGUCCCGCGACGCCAUCAGAGAUGACCCCUUGAUGGCGCCCAUCUAUGCCUGCGCCGAGGAACGCGCGCGCCGCGCCCUCGCGUUCGUCGCCGAGGCGGUCGAUGGCCUGGAGAUGAAGGCGAGGGAGAAGCUGAGCGGCCUGACGGACGCGGCAGUCGCGGCGUUCCACUGGCUCCGUCUGGCCGCCGGCGUAACCAAUCUUGUGGCGACCAUCCUGGUCACCGCUGCGCUCAACGAGGCGAAAAGCCAAGCGCCGUCGGUUCUGAGGUGGAGGGGCGUGAAGGGGCUCAGGACGCCGCCGCCGCCGAGAGACGAGGCGGAGGCCGAGGCGCCGAACCCGCGCUCCAGCCGUGACACCACGGUUCUCGUCGCAUGGAUCUCGGCGAUCGUCGCGUACUGCACGCUAGUGCUCACCAUCAACGGCAUCUGCAACGGCAUCGCAUCGUUUGCGAUGUGCUUCCCAUGCUUCGUCGCGCUCUGCGGCUUUGCGCUCAUGGAGGCCGAGAGGGUUUACCUGUGGGAUUCGUACGUCAUCGAUACCAGGGGCAGCAGCAGCAGGAACACGGCCAAUCCAAGACGGCGAGUUAGCAAUGCGGCGGGAGAGAUCACGGAGAAGGACAUGCGGGACGCAUGGGAGUGCCUCUGGUUCGUCAUCAUCAUGAUGCACUGCAUCGACGCCUGCUUCCUCGGACUCAUGCUGGGGAAGCGGCCGUUUGUGCUCGCGUCCUUGGCCAUCUACAACGUCGCGGCCCUUGCGUCGGCCAGGAAGGCUUACCUGACGACGGACGAAGGCGAGGACGCCGACGGGGCGCACGUGAACGUGAACAAGUGGCAGAACGCUGCCAUGUCAGUGCUGGCAAUAGACGUCGCCAAGGUCGUUGCCACCUACGUUGUGCUCGACUUUUACCUGGGUGCGCUGUUGCUCGUGUCUCUCGGUGCCAAGGCGGCGUUCUUGCUGGACAGGGUGAUUUACUUGUCGGAUGACGGUGCCUUGGGAGACGAUGACAGCAGUCCGGAGGGUGCUGGCCUUGCCGGCGACGCCGCUGCAGAUGCCGAAGGUGAUCAGGAGGAUGCUGGUCUCACGAGGGAAGUCUUCGGUGAUCAGGAGGAUGCUGGUCUCACGAGGGAAGUCUUCGGUGAUCAGGAGGAUGCUGGUCUCACGAGGGAAGUCUUCGGUGAUCAGGAGGAUGCUGGUCUCACGAGGGAAGUCGCGGGAGAUAGUAAAGGUUCUGACGACGAUAGUCAGAAGGUUGCUGAUCUGGGUGGGGACGUUGACGGAGAUGCCGAAGGUUCUGACGACAUUGGUGCAGAGAAUGCGAGUGACAUUGCCCAUGAAGAGGAGAAAGGCUCGGCCACCGAGGAGCACUCCGAUGUAUCGGAUUCAGAGGAACAGCAUCGUCAAGAAUCAGACUGCAGCAAUAGCAGCAGCAGCAGCAGCGUGGACGACUGGACUUUUGUAGGUGCCGACCCGAUGAUGCCGGCCAAUGUUAACGGUGGCGCCAGUCGGUGGUUCACGUUUUUGCCGUAG